AUGUAUAAUACUCUUACGUGUGAAGCUGCCACCUUGGCUCACGAGACAUCAUUGAUAUUGGAAAGGUUCAUGGAGAUUUUGAAGUACGAUUCAAAAAUGACGAUACAGGGCAUUAUCCACAUGGGCGAUGAGAUAAGCGAAGUCACCAUUCCCAACAUCCUAUCAUCGUUCGAGAUCAAAAGUGUCUACUACGCCGCAGCUACCACGGGCCUGUUCACUGUCCUCCUCAUAAUGUAUGGCACGAGCUUCCUCAUGGGUUUAAUGUGUUACAAUAACCCUGAGGCACCUGGUUGUUCUAGGGCGUCGGGGUACACUGGACUCAUGAUGAUUAUAUCUGUCGCUAUGUCGUUUCCGAUCAGCUCAGCGUUGAUGUUCGUGACGAGCUCUGUUAUGAUCUUGGCGACGACAGUUACCAUCACGUCACGCACGUGA